AUGGACAACAAAACGCAAACGUUUCUGAAAUGUAUGCACUGCACGCGUGCAUUUGAAUCGGGCAAUCCGAACGCUGGCGAGCCCGCCGACAUCCGUACGGAAGAGAACGCGAUGGAAGCGCACCUCCGCAAAUGCAUGUUUGCACCAUUGCGCGAUACAGCGCCAUCAUACAGCCAGAGUUUCAUCAAUGAAACGUUCUCGCCAACAAUCCAUGCGCGGUACAUCGCGCCGCCCAUCAUCAACGACCAGAAAGACCAGUUUCAACGCUUGAUCCUGGAGUUCAUGGCGGAGAAUAGCCUGCCGGCCUCCUUCGUCGAAACCCGGAAGUUCAAGCGUCAGGACGACGACCUCGACGUCCACGAACCGAUGGAUUCCGACGCGGAUGUCGUCGAGCCCGAAGAACGCGGAGAUCAUAUUCUCUUCGAGUGUAGCCAGAUUCUCAGCAGUGGCAGCGGAGCCAAUCAGUUGGAUGAUGACAGUCAAGUGGAGGAGAUCCUCGAUCAUGGCCAAAUUCGCCCUUCGUGGCCGAAGGAGAACGUUCCCAACUGGCCGCAGGAGCCUACGGCUGCGAAGCUCAAGGGCCUCCGAGGCAUCUAG